AUGUUGAGGCAUUGGUUACCACCCAGAAUUGGUGUUGUGGUUAUUAAGGGGAUGUUGAGGAAGAUGUCCUUCUUGUUGGUAAAGAGAUUGAAGCAGAAAGUGCUUCAUCUACAUAACAGGUGCAACAAGGGAUAUGAUAGGCUUAAUGGGAAAGAAGUGGCUUGGAUAAAGAAGACUGUUACAGAAAGUAGCUUUAGGGCUUUGGUGGCAGAAUGUGAUAUGCUUUGCAAAUCUAAUUCUCAUUAUCUCUUGAAAGUUUUUAAGCAUUGGAUUGAUUUACAGGAUGGCGUUGCUGUACUCCAUAUGAUCACCGAGUAUUAUUCUAAUAAUUUGGGGGAAUAUUGCAAGAUUCAUAAGAUUUUGGGGGAACACAAAGAAACUUGCAUUGCUAGGUGGUGUAAACAGAUUUUGUUAGGCUUGCAGUUUUUACAUGAACAAGAUCCAGUGAUUGUGCACUCUGACAUAAAUUUGAAUGACAUUGCAAUUUCGGGAACUUCAAGCAUUGUCAAGAUAGCAGACUUGACUUCUGCAAAGUCUUUUCUGAAGUCUGAUUCUGAUUUGGAUCAUGUAAAAGAAGCACAAUAUUCCGAGUUGCGUUCUUUGGGACUGUGUGUACUUCUUAUGAUACGUGUUAGCCAGAAGUAUGCAGAUCCUGACAGGGCAUUAGAUGCAAUAAAACCCCCAAAGCUGAAAGGGUUCGUUGACAUGUGUUUGCACAGUAAGGAACUGAAAGCUUCUUUAGGUAAUUUGUUGAGCAAAGGGUUAAUGCAGUCAGUUACUAUACCUGUUCCUGGUGUCCGAGCUCAUGUGCUUAGAUUACCCGCACCGCCUCCUACUGAUGAUCCUACGAAAAAAGUACUCAUAGGAAAAAGGGUGGGCAAUGAACUGUCUGUGACACUGAGGAGUAUUGAUGAUGUUGAAUUUUUGUUCACACUCGGUACUGAUACCCUUCCAGAAAUGGACAGAUUAAGAGGCGAAUUAAUUGGCAUGUCAGAGGAAAACAUCCGUUGGAUGGUUCAAGGGGUUGAACAGGUCAUGUCUGAAUUUAACGAUGUAUUAAUUGAGCCUAUUGCAAAUGUACACCAUGAAUCCGACACUUCUGAAGAAAUAAUUAGACGGUAUGCUGAUAUUUUCAACUUGGAUGAUCAGGAAGCACUUGCAAGGGAAAUAGAAAAGGUAAUUGAUGAUGACAAAGGAAAUAAGAAAUUUGGAUUGAAAGGAAAAGUGAAGGACCGCAAAAUGAUACACAUGGACUUCAUAGAUUAUGAUCAUAAGAGGAAUAAGUUUGAUUUCUCACUCGAAACUUGUACAAUUCUGCAAGUCAUGGAGAUGAUCAAAGAAAAAUUUGGCUGGUCAGCUGAAAAUGCUGCAUCAAUUUGUCAGAAUAUGGAACAACUGAUAACAGAAUUUGUGCCUAUGAAAAUAUUAACAAUGACAGUACACAGCUACAAUCUCUGA